CUCUUGACAGCCACCUUCUCCAUCUCGACGUACAAUGUCCUCAUGCCCAACAGCGAGGACGGCUGGUGGGUCUACAAGUACUACCAGAGCCAUGUGCCGAGGGAGCUAAGGGAGUGGGAAGCGAGACAGGGGAGGAUGAAGGACCUGCUCCUGCACCAUGGUGGCUCCGACAUUGUGUGCAUCCAGGAGGCGUGCGGCAGCAGCUUCGACAAGGACUUUGCGUUCAUGACGGAGGCUGGCUAU